CAGCACACAGAAGCCAAGAGGACUGGAGAAGAUCAGAAGCCUGCAUGAGUGAGCUUAGCUUUCCAAAAUAUUUUCUUAAAGCGCUAUUCCAAGGACCACUGACCUCUGCAACAGACAGCACCAUGGUGGAGCAAGAGAUGCUGCUGCCGUGUGCUUAUCCUCAAGAAAAGUGUUAUUCAGCAAUAGUUAUGAACUCCCGUUUACGAGCCUUAGGUGGGAGGAUAAAUAACAUACGAGCAUCAGAGCUACCAAAAGAGAAAACCCGAUCAGAAAUAAUCUGUAACGUCCACUUUUUGGAUGGCUCAGUACAAAGCUUCAAAGUCAACAAACAAGACACUGGACAGAUUUUGUUGGAUAUGACCUAUAACCAGUUGGGUGUGACGGAGAAGGAAUAUUUUGGUUUACAGCAAAAUGAAACUUCAGUAGAUUCACCUUUUUUCAUUUCACAGCGGUGGCUUGAACCAAGCAAACCUAUCAGAAAACAGUUAAAAGGAAGUUUUCCCUGCACCCUUCAUUUUCGCGUAAGGUUUUUUAUACCUGAUCCUAACACACUUCAGCAAGAACAAACCAGGCAUUUAUUCUUUCUGCAGUUGAAGACUGAUAUUGCAGAAGGAAGGUUGUCAUGCCCCAUUAGUUCUGCUGUUGUCCUGGCAUCAUAUGCAGUACAAUCACAACUUGGAGACUAUAAUGCUUCAGUGCAUUGUUCAGGAUAUCUGUCAAAUUACAACUUUAUACCGGAGCAGAACAAAGAUUUUCUUACCAAAGUAGAAACGCUACAUGAGCAACACAGCGGCCUCAAGCAAUCUGAAGCAGAAUCCUGCUAUAUAAAUAUAGCACGAACACUUGAAUUCUAUGGAGUGGAAUUGCACAGUGGUAGAGAUCUCCAUAAUCUAGAUCUUAUGAUUGGGAUUGCAUCUGGUGGAAUUGCUAUAUAUAGAAAACUCAUCUGUACAAGCUUCUAUCCCUGGGUGAACAUAUUAAAAAUUUCCUUUAAAAGGAAAAAGUUUUUUAUACAACAACGGCAAAAACAUAAUGAAUCCAGAGAGCAUAUUGUUGCCUUCAACAUGUUAAAUUACAGAGCAUGCAAAAAUCUUUGGAAAUCUUGUGUAGAGCAUCACACAUUUUUUCAGGCAAAGAAGUCACUACCUCAUGAAAAAAAGAUAUUAUCACAUUAUUGGACUCUGGGUUCUAGAAAUCCAGCAAAGUCUGUAAACAACCAGUACUGCAGAAAAGUGAUAGGUGGGAUGGUUUGGAACCCAUCUAUGAGACGAUCCUUAUCGGUUGAGCACCUAGAGACCAAAAGCCUUCCUUCUCGAUCACCUCCUGUUACCCCCAACUGGCGGAGUCCUAGACUACGUCACGAAAUCCGCAAACCACGACACUCAUCUGUAGACAACCUUACAAACGAGAUUAGUUAUAUUACUGAAACAGAGGAUGUUUUUUACACAUAUAAGGGCUCUCCAACAUCGAAGGACAGUGAUUCAGAAUUCUCUCAGAAUCGUAGUCCACAGAGGAGGUCAUCUGAACAAGAAUCACCAAAGAAUGUAUUGGGAAACAGUCCGACGCGGAGUUGUCUGACCCGUCUCUCACCUAAAGCCUUGGCUCAGUCUCCCAAUGGCGUUGGCAGCAUUUCUGGCUCUUACCCAUUGGAAGGGGUGGAUAAGCAGUUCUUAGAAACAUAUGACAACGUUGCAAAAAGUAGCUUGACGGAAGAUUCCAGUCAGUACUACUGCGAUAAGAAUGAUCUAAUUGAGGGAGAUUUACUUUUGGUGCGUAUCAUACCAGAUGAAGAAGGGAAGUUUGGAUUUAAUCUAAAGGGUGGAGUAGAUCAGAAAAUGCCACUGGUGGUAUCAAGAAUAACUCCAGGAUCACCUGCUGAUAAAUGCAUACCAAAGCUGAAUGAAGGUGAUCAGAUAGUAUUAAUUAAUGGCCGAGAUAUCUCAGAGCACACGCAUGACCAGGUGGUCAUGUUCAUAAAAGCCAGCAGAGAAUCUCACACAAGAGAGCUUGCACUUUUGGUCAGGAGGAAAGUAGUGAAACCAUUUGUGGAGCCCAAAUCAGAAGAUGAAGCUGAUUCCCACACUGUCCCAGAAUCUAUUCUUCCUGCUUGUUCUGAAUCUGGUGGUGAUACACUGGAGGAGUCUAUGGAGCAGCUAAGAAGAGGGCUAGAAAGCGGCACUGUCCUUAUUCAGUUUGAGCAACUUUAUAGAAAGAAACCAGGAUUGGCUGUUACAUGUGCAAAGGUACCUCAGAAUAUGGACAAGAACAGAUACAAAGAUGUUCUACCUUAUGAUGCCACAAGGAUAAUACUGCAAGGAGAUGAAGAUUACAUUAAUGCAAAUUAUGUGAAUAUGGAAAUUCCUUCUGCUGGCAUUGUGAACCGGUACAUUGCUACUCAGGGGCCUCUUCCACACACAUGUGCACACUUCUGGCAAGUAGUGUGGGACCACAAAUUGUCACUGAUCAUCAUGUUAACAACUCUCACUGAACGAGGACGGACCAAAUGUCACCAGUAUUGGCCUGAUCCACCAGAUGUAAUGGAAUAUGGCUGCUUCCGUGUCAGAUGCCACUCUGAAGACUGCACGAUUGCGUAUGUUGUUAGAGAAAUGGUCAUUACAAACGUUGAGACAGAACAGCAACACACCGUCACCCAUCUCCAGUACGUAGCUUGGCCUGAUCAUGGCGUUCCUGAUGACUCCAUGGACUUCUUGGAGUUUGUGACCUGUAUGAGGCCAAAGAGAAUAAAGAACGAGCCAGUUCUUGUACACUGCAGCGCAGGAAUCGGUCGCACUGGUGUAUUGGUCACUAUGGAAACAGCCAUGUGCUUAAUUGAAAGGAACCAACCUGUUUAUCCACUGGAUAUUGUACGGAAAAUGCGAGACCAGCGAGCUAUGAUGGUGCAAACAUCAAGUCAAUACAAAUUUGUUUGUGAAGCUAUUCUUCGUGUUUACAAAGAAGGAUUGGUUCGACCACUGGAUUCCAGUUAGCACAGCAGAGAAGGAUGAAUUCUUUUUUUGCCUAAAAAAACUGCUCUUUAAGUAAAGCAAGGGCUCGUUUCUAAAAGCAACUGGAAUGGACUAGAAGCCCAUGAAAAGACAGAUGAGCACAUUUGAACUGUGGCACUUUAAAUUUCUCAAGAAGAUUGCUAAAUCAUGUACAGUAUAACAAAGUCACAUAGAUAAAUAUAUGACAGCAAUUGUGUGUAAUAUGCUUUAUUCACAUAGACAACCAUAAACAAUCAUGGAAACCUUAACACAUAUCUUUUACUGCCUUAAAACACCCUUUACUUUGGAAGUUACAAAGUUCCUUGUGUUUCUUUUGAAAUAGCAAAAAGAAAACUCCUAUUAUUGAAAUGAUUCAGUUUAAGAAGGUAUUUAAUGUAUUUGUAUUGUAUAAAAGUUCAUUGAAGGUGAAUAUUCUUAUUGAAGGUAAUGUUCUUAUUGGGAUACUAAAUAUCCAUGGAAAUGUAACCUUGACUAAAAGGCUGACAAAGAGCUUUAAAGGCUAAUGCAUAACUACUGUACAUUGAGCUGGAGAAAUUUAGUAUUCCCUUACUGUAAAUCUAUUAGUGAGUAUGCCAGCUGUUAUAAUAUGCUGCUUAGAAAUCACAUCUACUGUAUGUGAUGUGAAAAUAAUGCUGCAUUUAGGCAUUUUAUGCAGAUGGUACAGUCUACAUCUUCUGUUGAUCAGUUUUAGUAGCAACUUGCCCUUUUGACAGUGACCUACUUCGUAACAGUUUUAGUUAUUGCACCCUUUUUCUUCUUCUGCUGUCCACCUCCUUUAUACUUUUCACUGCUGUUUCUAUAUGUGGACUGAAAACAUUUUAACUUAAAAUGAGGUUUAAUUCUCUGUCAUGUUUGUUUCCAUGUGUAUUUAUGAGUUCUCAGAUGUAAAUGUGGAUUAACGUUGCACACAAGUACUAGACUUUUGAAUUACUGUAUAUGCAAAGUAGUCUAAUCCAAUACUGGAAGAAAAAUUACUACUGAACCCAUCAAAUAUGUUGCUGCUAUUUCAAGGUGUGAAGCUUACAAGGGCACAGGUGUUGCUAGUGUUCAGAUGGUGAUAAAGUGUUGACUUGCUGCCCUCCAGCAAAAGCACUCUUAUCCAGCAAAACACGACUCCCUUUUGCAAGAGUUCUGCAGAUUUACUGUGUUUCUUGCUUAUACAGAAAUGCAGCUAAAUUCACCUGAAGAUUUACGUGGAAAGAGAGAAUGAAUUUGUACAUUGAUGAAUAAUUCACCCUAAGGUACACUGGUCUCUAUUUCAUUUCAGAUGGGAGAAUUGGAAUUUCUGAACAGUAUAACCACAUUUGUAUAAUGUUAAAUUAUUUUGUGUGUGCUUUUUGAUUAACCUAAGAUAGUUAUUAAUUUUUUAAUAGUGUUUAAAAAUAUUCUAAGGGACUGUUUAAAACUCUGUUAUUUAAAAAAUUAGUCCUAAAUAAGGAAAAACUUUUAUGGGGCAUAUUAGCCAGAUGUUUAUAUGUAUAAAAGAGAAAAUCAGAUAAUUUUUUUUUUCAGAGAGAUAUAUAUGCACACACAUAUUCAGAUGUAUUUUAGAAUUAUGGUUUGUAUUGUGGAUAUUAUCAUUUAUAGCUGGAGUUUCAUUAUAGAAACUAUCACAGCUGUACAAUGUGCAUCUCUCAUGUUACUGGAAGAUUAUUUUUUCCCCAGGAGAUAACUAGAAAGUGAAUGUAGGAUGAGCUAUAUUUCUAUCUUGUCUUUUGCAGGCUUGGUCCUUUCUCCAAGAUUACAUUAUUAGCUAUAGCUGAAGAAGAUGCCUGGUUACUAUUUAUUGAUCAAAAGAGUUUUAAUUGGGAUGUGCAGGGUAAUUGGCAACAUGGAAAACUUCUUGGCUUUGUUAGGUUGAAGGGUGAAUAGGUUUGUGCUCAUCCUUUUACACUUCAUUCCAAAUUUCACUUUGACUGAAGUUUUUUGUAAUAUUUUGGAUCACUGUCAUCUUGCUUGAUUGGGAAUAGAUUAGAAGGCAAAAGACCGUACCUCUGAUUCAUUCUUACCUUGCUAAAUUGCAUCAGGUAUCUCAGUCUGUCUGUGAAUCCAAAUGUAAAAUGAUAGUGGACAUGCACUUAUUACUUGGGAAGCUUCUUUGAAAAAUCCGUGUGGAAAAGUGUUGCACAAGUGCAGGCUGGUUGCUGCUGGUAGAAUAUUGAUCAGUAAGAAAAUCUAAUGGCUCUUUCCUAUGAAAGAAGUAGUGGGCAGUAAAGAAUGUAUGUUUUCUGGAAGGGUAACAAAAGUCUCCUCUUUGUUAUGUGUGUACCUGUCUGUUAAAACCUCUCUUUUUUUUUUUUUUAAAGUUUUCCUGUGCCCAGGUCUCAGAGUCAUCCCUUGCAGUUGGCAUGACUUGCAUUUAAUUGUUUGUCAUGAAGUGAAAAAAGGCAAGAAAAUAAAUUGUAAGAAAAUAUUUAGAGCAUGUUUGUGACAUCCGUGUCUUUCAUGGAAGUACUCAGAGUUUCUUUGUGUUCAAGGUUAUUCCUAUAUUCCAAUUGCUAUUUAUGUUUCUUCAUGUUGAGUAUGUACUUAUCAAAGCACUGUAAAUGUAUUUCCCAUAUAACUUCAGUCUCAAGAUACAUGGUAUAGGCUUGACUUAGGUUAGUAUGUGUGCAUUUAAAUGAUGAUGGUCGUAUUGUGACAACAAAUGCUGCUCUUGUUCUGGUAAACUAGGAUGGGUUUGGUAAUACCACUGGGGAGCUCUUGGAUUUUAAAAGCUUGUUUGAAAUUGCUGGCGAUGGAGAGAAUACUCAAAGCUGUAUAAAUAGUAAUUCUAUAAGGUUUUUUUUUUUUAAUUACCCUAGAGGAAAUAUUAACUACAUAAGUAUCUUGUAUAUUGUGUCCAUCUUUAUUUCAGUCUUGCUGGGUUUUGCACGUGUACCUGUAGGGUCCAUAGGGAAGAAUUGAAGGGUUUUGUCUUCUCUCUGUAGUGUGUGAUGACUUUGCACUGAAUGAAGUAUGCUUUAGAUCUGAUCUUGCAAUGAAAGCAUAAUUAUGAACACAUCUUAACGCCAGCUUUUUUUUCCACAAAAAUUAAGAAAUCAUGAAAAUGUAGAUUUAAUUGAUCAGUUUGGGGGGGUUUUGAUGGGAGUUAAAAUUUGUGACUAUAAAGUUUUUAAUUAUCAAGUGAUUGGCAAAUGGCAGAAAAUUCUGUGAAGGCAAGAUUCUGUAUAACCUCCAUAGUUUAACCUUGAUUUCUUCUGUGCUGGCAUGAUCAUGAAAAUAAGUAUUCAAAAUGUCUGGUGUGGUGGUGGAUGAAGAGGGAGCAAUAAACCUUUGAGGUUUUCAUCACUGUGAAAUACACUACAGAAUUAAACAAAUUUUAACUUAGUGGCUUUAUAUUUGAUAUGGAAGUAACUAAACUGCCUAUUCAGAGUGUCUUCAGAAAUGUCACAGGGGACCACUUCUGCGACAGAGGUGAAAGGGACAGAUCUUGCUAUUUAUUAAAAUUAAGAAAAACAGUGCCCUAAACCAUGAAUGCCUUUUGUGUAACCAGAUGUAUGAAAUACAAAUCAUUAAAAUACAACCAAACUUUGAAGAGUGGUGGUGUUUUGCAGAAAAAAAAAAAAAAAAUUGUAACCCAGGGGUUUGCUUUUAAUUAUCCUGUCUUUUAGGUGUUGCUACUAAAUUAUAUGCAGUCAAAAUGUACCCAUGAAUUCAGCAAAAAGUCUUCGUAUACACUCAGUUAUUUAACUGUUAGUUUUCCUUUUCUCCCUCCUAUUUUCUACUAUGCAGUACUUGGUUAAAUAUAUAUGUAUUUCAAAAGAACUCUAGUUCAGAACUAUCUAAUGAACUAUGCAUUGGCUUUAUUACAAGUAGAGUAUGACACUGUUUUACAACAAAAGCCCCUCCCUGUAGGGAGUGUUCCUUGUGUCAGACUAAAUGCGUAAAUGUUGAAAAUAGACGCGCAUGGUUCAUAUUCAGUCAAUUAUAACAUAGUUAUUUCACUGAUAAUGGCUUUAUUUUCUAUCCUGAAAUGUAGCAUUUAAGUGCAAGUUUAUUUUACUCUUCCAGCCUUUCCAGAGAACAUGUGCUGGGAAAUGUUUGUAUUUUGAUUAGUAACCUGCAACCAGUCUACUUGGUUAAAAACAUUUAUUAAUUGAAGCUAUGUAGAAGGUAAAGUUGUCAUUAAAUAUUUUGUUCAAAGGCAGUUGAAAGGCAAGUGAAUGAUUAAUUCAUUAUAUAAAAGACUGUUUUGAUUAUAUGGGUUUCUUGCAUUUAAGUUCUGACACUGAUAGUGCUAAGCCAUCUCAAAUGACUGUCUAACCAUAGUUUGUAUUAACAGUUUAAAUAUAGCAGUCUAAUGCAAUAUGAUUUAGUUUUAGUGUACUUUAACACUGUACAAGCUUCAAACAGUAGUAUCUACAAUCACUGAAACCUGUCAUUCUAAAGAAAAAAAUAAGUUUCUCUGAAUCAAAAGGAAGAAGUAGCACAUAAUACCAAUAGAUUUAACCAUUUUUCAGCUCAGACUAACUCUGUGACAAUAGAGUUCUUACCACUCAUAUAAAGAGCAAAUGUGGAGGAUCAAUAAUAUUAUGAAGAAAACAAAUUAUUUGGACUGUAAGAGACCAAGAAAUAUUGUCUUUUUUUUUUUUUUUUUUAAGACAAAUUCAUCUCAAGAGAGGGCUGUGGGAAUGGAGAGUAGAAUGUGAGUUUAUUGACUCUCCUAAUUUGCUUGCAGACUACUUGGAUAAGGCUCUUAGUUUGUGUGUUAUUUUGGGCUUAGCUGCAGGCUAACCUUUAAUUAAAGUCAUAUUUAAAAUAUUAAAGAAUUUAUUUUAAUAGACAUUAGUGAAACACUUCAGGUUACUGUUAACUGUUCAGCUUCUGUUUACUUGGCUUUCAUGAUUUUGUUUCCUGCAAUGUCAUUGUUUUGCCUUAUAAAAUCACUUUGAGUUUUCCCACAACUGUAAAAUUGGCUUUGUCUCAGACAGGUGAAGUGAUGUUACAGUUGCUUAAGAAAAGAUGUUUAUUUUUCACCUGCUGAAGGGACAAUAUGAUGUUCAGACCAGUCUCAACUGAUCUCCUUUCUGAGUAAUUUAAACACUGCUGCUAGCAGUGGUAGAAAUCAUAAAGAUAUAUGGAAAAGCAUAUAAGAAAUGUUAUGUUCAGGGCAGAUAAGACCUGGGUUUAACUGAAAAAUUAAAAGAAAAAGAAAUCAAACAUUGUGAACAUGAAAAUGCUUUUAACAGAUAAAGUAGGGAUGGGAAAUGUAUAUUUUUUCCUCUUGCAGAACACUUCUGUGUUUUAAACACAUCAUUUCUCUUGGAGCAAUUUCUUUGGUAAAGAGCCAUACUGUUGGCCAUGGGAUUUAAUUUUUGUCAAACCCACCUAGAAAGUAAUUUUAAGUUAAACAUUUUCCUCAUUUAUUGGUUUGUGCUCUUAAGCAACAUUUUUAAAAAACUCUUAAAUAUUUUACUCUUAAAAACUAUUUUAGCUGUUUUCAUUUGAUGCCUUUUUCUGAGACAUAAAUGAAACCCAAAUGUGGCUGGGUGACUGGUGAGGUUACCCUGAAUGCUUAAGAGGAAGCAGAUGCUUUGUUAGAGCUAUUAAACCCCUGACCUAACAUCAGUUACCAGCUUAUGCCAGAGUAGCAUCAUAUUUCUUUUAGCCUUUUGCAGAAUAAACAUUUUGUAAAUAGUCCUUGGAGCCUGCUCUCCCAAGCAUCAGGAAGUCAUCUUCCAGGUAAAAUCUGAAUCUUCAAGUAAGGAAUGACUAUUUACCAAGUUCUAUGUAAAACAUACCAUUUAAAAGGAAAAAAAAAAUUAGUUUUUCUGCAAAAAUAAAAAGGUUAGCUGCUAGAAGUGGGUGCAUCUUAUCUAGUCAUAAAGCAAAUUGGCUCUCAGCUAGUGUGCAGUGGCCACUAAAGCACGCAAAGUGCAUCAGGAGCCCAAAUGCCUGAUUGUUUGUCAACUUUCUUGCAAAGGGAUGGUUGCAAUCCUCAUUCAGGAGUAAGGAGAAAGGGCUGCCUUCCUUAGAGAAGAGACUGAAAUCCUGCAGAGUAAAUCCACAGCCUAUAUUGAUCUUAGUGGGUAUGUACUUGUAUUACAUAACUUGAGCAUUCUAGUGCAAAGUGAGAUCAGGCAUAUCUGUAUGAGUUUGCAUGAAUAUCGAAGCCUUCCCUUCAUUCCAAAAAAAAAAAAGCUCAGUGUAGCAAUGUUAAUUGCAGUGGGCUUCAUUUGCUUCAGCUAAGCAGUAGGUGAGUGUAGCAGCACUUGAGUUAGUCCUGAUCAGUGCCCUUCUCAUUCAGAGCUUUGCAUACAUGAUUGAAAACUUGGGGUUUAGCAGGAAUUAAAUCACUGUCUGUAGAAAUUAGGUGGGGAAUUAGUAUAUGCACUCAAAUGUAAAUCUAUUUCUAAUCCAGAUUUUGCAAAAUAAAUUACAAGUAUCAAUGCUUAUGUUCCAGUGACCUGUGCAGUGAGCAUUAAACAUAAUUUAUUUAGGUUUUCACACUUCAUUAUAUAACCUUAAUAGAGAGUUACAAGGUAUAUAAUGGGGACAGUCCUAUAAAAGCUUUAAAAAUCUGCUCACCGUUCAUUCUAACAAAUGAUGUAUUGGUUAAAACUGGCCUUGAUUACAAGCAAUAUGGAUGGAAAUAUGUUUAUAAUACUGGAAUAAAUUGCAUAACAGUUGGGAAAGAUGAAGUUGUUUGGGUUUUUUUGCAAAUUUUGAAGAAGAUUUCACUAUUCUGGUCUCUAAGUUUUUAUUUCCAUAUAAGUUCAGUUAGCGUUUUUGUCAGCGAGUUUUGUCAGCAAAAUCUUGGAAGGUAAUAUCCAUUCAGGGACUCUGGCUGGGGUUUUUUAAAUGUUUUUUUUUUUCUUUUCCUGUAGCAUUCUAUAGUUUCUUCUAAGAUCUUAGAUGCCAGUGCAUUAAGGAAUAAAAAAAUGUAUUUGAUGUAUUUGGAGGGUAAGGAAAGAGAUUAUUUUGUAUCCUACGUUGUACUUUUCUUUUAAAUCAUUUGAAAUGUAAAUUGAUGUUGAUAUUACAAAGUUUAAUUUAUUGUUUAAAAGUGUAGACACCUCUUGAAUGUAUAAUUUUUCUUUUUUAUUUUUAUAAGAAUAAAGUAUUAAUGUUUUCAGUAUAGGUUUCUUGGGGUUUGGAACUGUUUUGAACAAAAAUAUAGCCACCAUUUUAUGCGUAUUGGUUAUAUGGCUAAUGGUGAAAUAAAGGAUUUUUGGCUA